UUGUUCAAAUGAAAUUCAGGUGAACAUGAAAAAUUCUUUCGAUAAAGAAUUUAACAAGAUAGUAAAUAUCAAUUUUUUGUGUUAAUGAUUGGAAGCACAGGCAUUUUGAGAAUCCUUAACGAAGAAGUGAAAAGGAGACCGAAAAUUGUUCAGUGCAUUAAAUUUCCUAAACUCAUUAGAAAAGUAAAGCUAACAGUUCAAAUUACAUCAACGAAAAGCAUAGCAGAGAGUAAAAGCAAGCCUCACGUAAAGAAGACUUUUACGAUAAGAAGUAUGAGUACACAACAGAAGGCAAGCGGCGUAGGCCGUAAAAACAAAUCGUCCAGCACUGGACAGCAGAAAGACGGUGUUGCUGUGUCAGAACAGAACAACAAUCAGCCAAUUCAUACGAACAGCAAAAAACACAACAAUGCCAAUGCAAAAGAUGCUGUCAACAAUAACAACAACACUGUGAAUGAUCAACAGUCGAAGACAGAGAAAGAAAAACCACAUGCUAAGCCAACGGCCGAACAGAUUCGCAUUGCUCAGAUUACAGAAAUCAAAAGUGGAACUCAAGACCCAACACGUGAAAAGGUGUCACAAUUGAUGGAACUGACAGAGCGUUCUGAAGAAGACGCCUGUUUGGCCCUUUACGAAUGUGAUAAUGAUGUUGAGCGUGCCGUUAUCUAUUUGUUCGAUAAUCUCGAAGUUGGUGCUUUGAUUACCACUACGAAAAAGAAGAAAAGUAAAGCAGCAUCGGGUGAUGGAGCAAACGAAGGUGAUGAGUUCGAGUCGAAUAAUCAUCGUGAAGGUGGACGUGAUGGGAACAAUGAUCGUUCUCGUAAUUCACGUGGAUCCAAUCGAGGACGGUCAGAAGGUGGAUUUAAUCGAGGACGUUCACGUCCUUCAGGAGAUUCACGUGAUGAUCGUACAAUGGAUCGUCCACCUCGCGGGGGUGGUACAAGACGUGGUGGUUUUGCCGGAUCUCGAGGAGGACGUGGUGGUCGAAUGGGCCCACGAGUUGGUCAGACAUCUUAUCGUGAUCAAAAUCAUCGAAAUAAUUAUCGUAAUAACAAUCAAGAUCAGCAAGAGAUUGAUAAUUGGGAUCCAGCCUCAACACAAGUGACGAAUGACAACAAGAAUGAUGAGACUUGGGGUGAUUUAGGUGAUUGGGAUAAUGAAGAGUACACGGGUUCAUUAUCGGACACAAAAGUAUUCACACCAUCAGGUGCUACACCAUCGACCGGUGGUGGACAAGAUCUCGCAGCACCGCCUGGUCUCGAAUCAGCGAUUCUCAAUCCUCCUUCACAAAACGAUGUACCGCAAUACAGUGCAACAGUUGUAUCGAGUACAUCAACAGUUGGUGCACUUAAUAAUGGUGGACAGUAUGGUGAAAUGCAAACAGCAGCUGCACAACUACGUCAAGCGCUCGAAAUGCCUUUGGGACAGUCGGCAUCACUCUCAGCCGAGCAAUCUCAGUAUUUCAAUACGUUAGGUUCGCAAAACAGCACGGCGUACUCAUCAACGGUGCAAUAUCCUUACAAUGAUCAAGUUGGCGGUGGACAGCAAGCUCCACGUCAACAACAGCAGCAACAGCAACGUGCUAGAGCUCGUGUGCCGCCUCCUUCGAAAAUACCAUCGACAGCAGUUGAAAUGCCUGGCGAUGGACUCAACGCGUAUUUGGGUGGCGUACAAUUUGGUGAGUUGGACUUUGGAACUGGCACGGAUGAGUCGUAUGAGGCUGAGAAAUAUGUGCAAGGAGAUGGCAGUGAAGACUAUGCAGGAAAAGGCAGUGGAGUGCCGAAAGGGUCGCAAUCAACUGGGUUAAGUGGUUUGCAACAAUCGCACGGUGAUUCCAUUUCGUCAUCAACACAAGGUGAUCUCUCUUCGAGUUAUUCUCAACGGACUGCUGGCACAGCUGGCGCACAAUCAACGCUUGAUCAAUUGACAAAGCCUGCUGAUAUUUACAAUCAUGCAACAGGCACAACCGCUGGUGGUAAUGCUUAUCAGAAUCUUUCGUAUUCAGCUGCACAGAAGGGCAGCGGAUAUCAGAAUGCAUAUGGAACAAACGCUUACAACAACACACCGUCGAACAAUUAUCCGCAAGGAAACAACUCUUACGGGUACAAUCAAAACUCUUAUCAGCAAGGUCAAGGUACGCAAAGUACUGGACAACAAACGCAAACGACUGGCUCGAAUGUGUCGACUGCAAAUCAACCAGUUAAUAAUAGUUCGUCUGGUUACAUUUCAAAUCAAUAUCCAGUUAAUCAAUCAGGUUUCCCAUCGCAACAGAAUGCUUACCAGAAUCAAGGUGUUUAUGGCAACACUGCCGGUCUUAACAACACAGAUUCCAAUAAUGCUGCAAGCAGCACUUCAUCUGUAAGUUCGAAUGCCACCGCCACUACGAGUAGUAUUAACACGCCAUCAUUAGGCCUCAAUAGCACGAAGUCUACGGCACCGACAACAAUUAAAACUGGAUCAAGUCAGACAACAAGUGGUGGCGUAGCAACAACAAAUCCAACGGGUUCAACCAGCGGUAAUGGUGCAAGCAAUGUCGUCCAAAAUAUUCCACUCGUCAGCUCGUUCAUUCAGCCAGCUUAUUACCAACAACAGCCGUAUCUUCAUUUCGAAGAUAUGCAACUUGUUCAGCCACGAAUGACACCAAUGACGGGAUAUUAUGAAUAUCAAACGCCGACAAGUCUUGGUGCUGGUGUUCGGAGUGAUGGAACUGCUGCUUCAAAUUUGGCUUCAGUUGCUUAUCCAACGAUGGCUGCUGAUGGUCGCUUUGCACGAACUGACAACAAUUCAAGUCCCGUGCAAUCGCAACAGACUGGCUCGAGUCAACAGUUGAUGAAUCUUCCUCCUUAUGCGUACUUUUAUGGAACAAAUGUAAUGCCAAGUGGAUUUCAACAAUUCCCUCAAAUCUAUUCUCAAAUGCCCGCAACAAAUCCAAAUGCUGGACAAUUCGCCAAACAAUCGGCUUAUAGUAGUGGUUAUGGUUCAACGGGUUACGAUACUUUGAAUCAAACAGCACCAGAUUAUAAUAAGACUGCUUAUCAAAGUGCUGGUCAACAAGCGAAAGGCCAUUCAGCAUCGAAUCAAACGGGCACGAAUUCCGAUAUUGCAUCGUCGAUGUAUAACAAGAGUCAUGUUACAUUGAAUAAAGUUAAUUCAUAUGACAAACAAUCGUUCCAUUCUGGCACACCACCACCAUUUAACUUGGCUGGAUCACAAGCUGGUUCGCAGACGCAAGCUUAUCAACAGCAUUUGUACCUUCAGCCAAUGGCACCACAACAUAACAUGAACAUCCAUCAUCAAAUUCAUCAGAUGGAUGGAACUCGACUGGCAGGCUCUCGACGGGAUACGAAUAGCUCUGGACAGCGUCAACAGUCGAGUAAUCAAUCGAAAGGCUCCAAGUCAACAUACCAGUCGCCAUCGUAUUGGAACACUCAAAACUAAGCGACUUGCAGUUCCAAAUCUUUCCAUCUUUUAAGGAAGAAAAAAAAUGGAAAAAUCUUCUUCUAAAAUCAUUUUUCAAUCUUUUUAUUGUCAUGUCGCGAAAGAAAUCAAAAAAACACAACUUUUCUUUACUAAAACAUAUUUUUUAAUUUGCGCUGAAAAUACACAAGCGCGAUUUAACAAUCUUUAAGAUUUCUUUCUUUUGGGGGGUAAAUAAAUAUUUAAGAACUUAACACACGGCACCAACAAGGAAGGGAAAAUACAUAAAUACAUAAAUAAUUACAAGAGACGUGAGAAGAACUUUUUCAUUAAAAUUAAAUAGUAAUUCUUUGUCGUUUUUAAGGCUAAACACAAAAAAAUACACAUACACGUAUAAAAUAUAAAUUUAAUUACACAACAAUUUCUAAAAGAAUUGAAAAAGAAAAAAAUGUUUGAGGAAAAUGAUCUUUUAUAAGAAGAAAAACAAAGAAAAAUCUUUAAAUAUCGCGAUAAGAAGCGUCGAGCCAGAAAAGAAAAGAGAAGAAAAACUUUUUCUACAUUUUUUUGUGUCUGUAAUUUUAAAAGAAAAAGAAAAUGAAGAAGAAUAAGAAAAGGAAAACUGUAAACAAGUUAAAAGAAAAUGAAGAAAAAAAAAACAUUAAUACUGAUAACAAUUUUUUUUUCAAUUAAUUAAUUAAUUACACAUUAUUACAAGUUUAAGAUGAAUGAAAAUGGAUUAACUAAGCGAUGUAGCAAAUGAAAAUAAAAUUUUUUGAAGAUGACAAGAGGAAAAAAGAAGAAAUGAAUCGAUGAACUAAGGAAAAAAAGAAAUAAAAGAUUAAAGAAAAAUAAUUUUGUUUGU